AUGAGCGUGGAUGCUUUGGGAAGCCCCGUGAUGGACCCUACGUUUUCCAAACGGAACACGGCGCUGAGAUUAGUUGACUUGGCAGGGGCUCACCACCAUCACCAUCAUCACCACCAUACCCCUCAGAGCGUGACAGGCUUCCCGGGGUUCAGCAGCCAUCCACACUCAAUGGCUCACUCGCACCCUGGGGAGAUUACUGCGGAACCCCGCCUGGGGCCGAGUCCAUUCGGGCCAGAACACAUGGGGCACUCCGCGGCCCUCAAAAUCAGCCCAGCCCAUCAUUAUCCCCACCACCAUCACCACCACCACAAUCAUCAUAUGGCAGGCCACAGUGAAGUGGUCUCCAGUCAAACGGGAGCUUUUGGCCCGGUUCAGGCGACAUCGGUCCCUUAUUCCAUGUCUCACACGGCCCAGGCUCUAUCCGCAGGUAGGGACUUCCUCAUCCGGAGAGAUCUGACGGCUCAAGCCAUGCCGGUGCUGACCGACCAGACUGCAGGUUCCGCGUCUCACCACGGAAUGUUUGUCUCAACAACAGGUAGCUAUCCCGGACACUAUGGCCAUCACCCCGACGCUGGGAACCAUGCCCUCUUCUCCGGACUCCACCACGACCAGUCUUCCAGCGGAUCCCCGGGUGGCCAAGCGUUGAGUGGACAAAUAAGGUUAGGACUACCUGGAGAAAUGUACGUUAGGUCUGAUCACUUGAGUCAAGUGGCAAGCUCCAGGGCUGAUCCGUUCUCCGCCUCGCCGUUGCAUGGCUACGGUGGUCUGAAUCUGAACAUGAAUCUGAGCGCCCACCACCACCACCACCACGGAGCCGGAGCCUUUUUCCGCUACAUGAGGCAGCCGAUAAAGCAAGAGCUGAUCUGCAAGUGGCUGGAGCCGGAGCACGCACCGAAGAAACUUUGCUCGAAAACUUACAGCACCAUGCACGAACUCGUAACGCAUGUGACGGUGGAGCACGUCGGAGGACCGGAGCAGGCGAACCAUAUCUGUUUUUGGGAAGAGUGUCCGAGGGAAGGCAAACCAUUUAAAGCCAAGUACAAACUUGUAAAUCACAUCCGAGUGCACACCGGGGAGAAACCGUUUCCAUGCCCGUUCCCCGGCUGUGGGAAAGUGUUCGCCAGGUCCGAGAACCUAAAGAUCCACAAAAGGACGCACACAGGUGAGAAGCCCUUCAAAUGUGAGUUCGACGGCUGCGACAGACGCUUCGCCAACAGCAGCGACCGGAAAAAGCACUCCCACGUCCACACCAGCGAUAAGCCCUACAACUGCAAAGUGAGAGGCUGCGAUAAGUCCUACACGCACCCCAGCUCCCUGAGGAAACACAUGAAGGUGCACUGCAAGUCGCCCCCCCCCAGCUCGGGCUACGAGUCGUCCACCCCGUCCCUGGUCUCCCCCUCCUCCGACCUGGGCCGGGAGCCAGGGGGCUCCACGGUGCUGUCGGAGCCGGUGGGUUCCUCCCAGCCGGCGAAUUUAAGCGAGUGGUACGUGUGCCACAGCUCAGGUGCCAGCGGCGCCCAGACCCCCCCCAGCGGGCCCUCCACACCCGACCCCACGGACGAGCCCCCUUACAGGGACCCAGAACCCAGGGACGCGUUCUAA